GUCUUACUUCAGUUUGAUGUAAUGUUCAGUUAUAUGUUCUAAAUAAUACGAGAUUAUUUUCGUUUUAUUCAAAAUCCUUUUGUAUAAAUUGCUCUUGCAUUUUGUCAUUAUAUUUCUUCAUGGAAUUAUAAUAUAAAAGAUAAUCCGUCAUAACGGCAUGCUAAUUCUUCUAAAGCAUGACGAUCAGGACAUUUAUACGCCUGAGUGAUACCACGAGCAGAUGUGUUUUGAAGUUACCAUCUUAUACAGUUAAAUUACACAUACCAUAUACGUACAAAAAUGUAAGAGGUUUUAGACGAUUAAAGAAUUCUUUCAAACAACCUGAAAGUCCUUUUACAAGACUAAAUGCUGAAAAUAGACCUGUUCAAUUUUCCAAGUUGUUAAAACCAUUUGUUUUUACUAUUACGUUUACAGGAGUUACAAUAGUUACAACAGCAAUUUGGGAAUAUGAAAGUAUUAGGAAGCAAACGUAUAAAAUAAUUAAUCAUUUCAGACAAUAUUACAACGUUAAAACAGGAUGGCGGAAAGAAAUGGAAGUAUGGUGGAGAAAUUUAACAGAUGGGCAAAGAAUGUUCGCACCUAUAUGUUUCUUAAAUGUUCUUGUAUUUCUUGCAUGGAGAGUACCUGCAUUACAAAAUAUAAUGCUAAGAUAUUUUUGUGCCAAUCCUGCUUCUAGUGCAUCAUGUUGGUCUAUGAUAUUAUCAACAUUUUCACAUUAUUCUUUAUUACAUUUGGCUGCAAACAUGUAUGUACUACAUAGUUUUAGUACAGGAAUUGUAGCGUCUUUAGGCAAAGAACAAUUUUUGGCACUUUAUUUAAGCAGUGGUGUCAUUUCUAGUUUUGCUAGUCAUUUCUAUAAAGUUGUAUUUGGUUUACCUGGUCUAUCUGUAGGAGCUUCAGGUGCAAUCAUGGGUGUUCUUGGAUUUGUCUGUACAGAGUAUCCAGAUACUCGUCUAGCUAUAUUUUUUCUUCCUAUGUUCACAUUUACUGCGAGUAUGGCAAUUAAAGUAACAAUGACUCUAGACUUUACAGGCUGCGUAUUAGGAUGGAAAUAUUUUGAUCAUGCUGCACAUUUAGGUGGUGCAUUAUUCGGAAUAUUUUGGCAAGCUUGGGGCAAUGCUAAUAUUUGGCGAAAACGGGAACCAAUAUUAAUGUUUUGGCAUGAAUUACGAAAUCCACGCAAAUCACAAUAAAUAUCAACUUUUAUAAGUUAGAGAAUGCCUUUUUACCCCAUGGGCACUGAAUUGGAUUGCUAAUAGGAGCAAAUGCAGAAACCGAUUUGUACAUACCUGGAUUUUUAAGUGCACAGAUCAGUGCCCCAUGACCUCCCAUACUAUACAAAUAAUUAACGUUAAAAACAUUAUUAACAUUAUGUCGAAAUAGCAAUUUUUGUAUUACUGUCAUACCUAUGACCCAUUAUAGACUGUUUAUCAGAGAGUAUCGGGAAUUUUUCAUUAAUCACUGAUGAUAAUUCUUUAGUAAUAUAACUGUACAUCUUGUAA